CGGUUUUUAGCCUCGUUAGCUUCACGCUGGUUCCGCGUGUUGAUACUGCAGAGAGGAUCGAGGAGAAACAAGUUUUUUGAAACGCAGAGAAACAAAAAACUCCGGCCAAAAAAAACCCCACAGAGGAAAAUGGACAUGAAGAAGAGGGUCUCUUUAGAGCUGAGGCACCGGUCACCGACAGAAGUCCAGGAGCUGGUUCUGGAUAACUGUCGCUCCAGCGAGGGAAAGAUCGAAGGAAUCACAGCAGAGUUCUCCAACCUGGAGCUGCUCAGCCUCAUCAACGUCGGCCUGACCAGCGUAGCAGACAUCCCCAAACUGGACAAACUCAAAAAGUUGGAGCUGAGUGACAACAGGAUAUCAGGCGGUCUGGAGGUCCUGGCGGAGCGGCUGGUGAACCUAACGCACCUCAACCUCAGUGGGAAUAAGUUCAAAGACAUCAGCACCCUGGAGCCCCUGAAAAAGUUGCCCCAGCUGAAGAGUCUAGACCUGUUUAACUGCGAGGUGACGAACCUGGCCGACUACAGGGAAUCCAUCUUCAAGCUCCUCCCCCAGCUCACCUACCUGGACGGCUACGACAUCGACGACUGCGAGGCCUCCGACUCCGACGGCGAGGGAGACGGAGUCGAGGACGAGGACGAAGAAGAAGGAGAGUCAGAGGACUUUGAGGAAGAGGAAGAGGAGGACGAGGAAGACGUAGUGGCUGAAGAUGAUGAUGAUGACGAUGACAGCGGCGAUGACGAGGACGGCGAGGUGAACGGAGAUGUUGACAGUGAGGACGAUGACGACGAUGAGGAAGACGAAGAAGAUGAUGAUGAGGACUCGUCUCCGACCAAAGGAGAGAAGAGGAAGAGGGACCCUGAAGAUGAGGAUGAUGAAGACGAUGAUUAAGGACCCACGGAGACCCUGCAAACCCCUCUGACCUCUCGCCCGCUGACCCUACAUCCCCGACCCCGCAAUCUCCCCUCCCCCACCAACGCUAGCCCCACUUCCCCCUCCCCCGCCCCACUCGGCCGACUCCCGGGCUGCGUUCCAUUUCUGAAACUGGUUUCCUCCCACUGAGCCUUCGUCAGCUCCUGCAGACCAAAAACCCUCCGUUAAUUUAUAAAAAAAUCAUUUCCUCCCAUUUCAUAAUCUUCAACAGUCAGUUUUUAAAUUCAUCUCCACAGCUGGAUCCAAAAUCUGCUAACAGAUUCCCGAAAAUGUAAAAAACCAUCAGUUUACAUCAUCUAACAACACUUUUAAUCUAAUAAAUUUACAUAAAAGUCGCCUAGAAAAACUUGUGUUGCUGUAAUUAUUAUUUUCUUGGAUCUUUAUCGAUGUGGCGGCACAGAAACAGCUUCAGACUCUCACAACAAUUAUUUUACAUCUAUUAAUCUGUCGAUUAUUGUCCAGAUUAUUUGUUUUGUCUCUAAAAUGUCAGACAACCGUGAAAAACGCCCGUAAUACGAACCGUAAACAGCAGCGAUUCUUCACAUUUGAGAAGCUGAAACAAAACAAAGUUUGGAAAAAAGAUUCAAACGAUGACUCGAUGUUCUGUCAAUCAAUUAAUCGACUAAUCGUUUCAGAUUAAACACCUCGCUGCUUAUUAAAUAGAAAAUUUGGCGCCAAAUGGAGCAGAAUAAAGAGCUUCUGUGACAUCACUGGGAUUAAACUUUCACUUCAAAAAAGGCACUUAAACAGUCGAUUUAUUGAUUUUUCAUGUUAAAUCCAAUAAAGAUACAUCAUAGAGAAGAGGGCUUUGUUAAUCCUGGUUUAAAAGUAAUAAAACCUCAGUAGUGAGAUAAAACGCACAAUAUUGUUUUAUAUCUGUAAGUUAUGUUAACGGGUAAAACAUGACAGUCAAUCUAUUACAUCAACACACGUUUUCAACAUGAGUUCUCUUCGGUUUCAUCAUCAGGCGUCACAAAAACAGUCUGUGAUGGGAAUUUGUGACAACUCCAAAUUCCUACUCCGCUACCAAGAAGUAAAUGCAUCACCAGUCGUGAAAAGCUUGAAAUUGAAGCAUCACAAAAGAAAAAAAUUUGCUUCAGUCCGUUUGUACAGACCAGAGAGACAUAAAUAAGCUUUUUUGUUGUUGUUGUUGUUGUUUGUUUUUCCUCUUUUUUAGAUCUCAAGUUAUCUCGAUCACAAGAAAAGUUCGUCAUAAGCUGCCAAAAUUACUUUUUUUGUAAUAUUUAGUCAAUUAAUUCACAACGUCAGACAUUCAUAAACACAUUUAAAACAGCUUAAACGUUAGAAAUGAAUAAAUUUCCGUCAUGUCUGUAAACGGAGAUGAUUAAAGGCUCAUGGGAGGAAACUCUCCCAACACCCCUCUGACAUCAUCACUCGGGGACUGAACCAACGGCUCUGAUGUCAUCACCCGACAGGCUCUGUGACGUCGGCGACGGACAGUCGAACCAAGUGAACCAUCCCA